CCAGGGAAAAUUUGAAAGUACUUUGGGCGGAUAGAGUUUUUGAGAUUGUGCGGAAAAGCAAGCAAACAGACAGAGCGACAACACCGGCUCUUUAGCUCUCAGGGACUUACUUAGCAAAGUGUGUAGCACCUCGCUUUACUUCUUCAUGGAGCCAGAAGCUCGGGAAAACACGGUGUCGGAGAAGAAUGAGGCUUCGGACGAGGUGGACGCGGUGGAGCUCAGUCUGGACUCCUUCGUCAACGUCGAGCUCAGCACGGAAAACAACAGCGGCUCUGAUGUGGCACAGAAUGCCUUCAGUGCAAGUCAAGCGCUGUUUCAGAAUGAUGAUGAGGAGGAUGAUGAAGAUGAUGGUGAUGACAGCGGCACAGACCACUGGGUUUCUGACCACAAGUCAGGAACCCAGCUUCAGAGAGCUGAGCGCCAGGGAGGCAACGCAUGUCUUCCUGACACCUUCCAGACCAACCACCUCCUGUUCUAUGAGAGGUUCAAGGCUUACCAGGACUACAUGCUGGGUGAUUGUAAACAAUCAGAGGUGAAGGCCUUCACAGCAGACUACCUGGAGAAGGUGGUGGAGCCAUGUGACUGGCAGGCCCUGUGGUCUACAGAUGUCUUUGAUGUUCUGGUGGAGGUACAAGAUGUGGACUUCAGCGAACUGAAGGCCAGUGUGAAGCUGGUGCUGCCUCUGCAGUGUGAGACCAGGGGCUGUGAGCUCACUGAGGAGGCCAUGAAUGCGCUGCUGGAGGCGACUCAGCACAUGGUGCCGCUGCAUGAGCUUCAGGUGGUCUACGAAGAGUCUGGGGACUUUGACCAGACUGCCCUUUCCAUUGAACAUCUCAGGUUUUUCUACAAGCACAUCUGGAGGAAGUGGGACGAGGAAGAUGACGAUGAUGAUUUUGACUAUUUUGUUCGUUGUGUGGAGCCUCGUCUCAGACUCUACUACGACAUCUUGGAGGACAGAGUCCCAGCAGGCCUGGUGGCAGAGUACCAAUCUUUGCUGGCCCGCUGCUCCCAGUGCUUCCAUGAGUUCUCCUUGCUACGUAGUGGGCUCAGCAGUGACUCUGACUCGGAGCUGGAUAAUGUGUCCAUGGUGGAGGGCUUGAAGCUCUAUGAACAGCUGGAAACCUUCAAACGCAAGCUGCGCAUAAUUGAGAACCCAUUGUUAAGGUAUGUGCUUGGCUACAAGGGUAAUGCCAGGCAGCAGUGUGUCCAGCGGGGUCCCAGAGCAGCAGGGAUCAGGGUGGUCCACAUAGUCUCAGCCUCCACCACUGCCAGCCAGCUCCAGUCUCUCCUCAAUGACAGACUGCUGCCGCUGUGCUCUGCUGGAGACACUGAAGUCCAGUUCCAUAGUGACCCAGUGUUGGCGGUGGGUUCGUGCUAUCAGAACGAUAUUGUCAUUAUUCUCCCCGGACACUACAGUGUUACCAGCUCCAUCUUCCUGCCAGACUCCAUCACUGUAGAAGGUUUCGGGCUUCCUGACGAGGUAGUGAUCGAGAACAAAAACAAGGGUGACUCGUUUGUUGAGUCCACGGGAGCUGAGAUCAAAAUCUCCAAUGUCAAGUUCAUUCAGCAUGAUGCUAUUGAAGGCAUACUGUGUGUGCGUCAGGGGUCUCUGCAGAUGGAGAACUGUGUACUGCAAUGCGAAACCACCGGUGUGAUUGUCCGAACGUCUGCCCAGCUCAGCAUGGACAUGUGUGACAUCUAUGGCUCUAAGGGGGCCGGAGUGGAGAUUUACCCCGGCAGUGUGUGUAGACUGGUUGGCAACGGCAUCCACCACUGUAAGGAUGGGAUCCUCAUCAAGGACUUUGCUGAUGAGCAUGAUGUAAUGCCCUCCAUCACCUUGGAAAACAAUGUGAUCCACAACAACGAGGGCUACGGGGUGAUCCUGGUCAAACCCAACAGUGGAGAAGACCAGACGGACCAGCCAAACCAGGACAAAGCUGGAGAAGAGCCUGCAGCGGAGGAGCGUGGACAGACAGCUGAAGAAAAACCGGAGGGAGACGUUGCAGAUCUUGCUGUCAUUAGCCGUGCUUCCCCGAUGUUAACAACACCGACCAGCGGUGGCGUGGAUGGUGACGUAGCCGCCAGCUCAGCCAGGAAGUGGCGUCUUUGUCGCCAGUUGAGCAGAAACAAGGAGUCGUCCUCCAGCCGAGCUGUGGAAGGUCUGAUCGACCACCAGAUGUUCGUCUCUAUCCAGGGAAACCAGUUCAAACGUAAUGGCAUGAGCGACUUCGGCACCUUCCUCUACUAAGUGACCACACUCUGGACUGACUCGAGGCCGCUAUUUGGUUGUAGGGGUGCCAUAUCAUUUGUCAUGAGCUUAAAAGAAAGGUUUACUUUUGACAGUGAGGACAUUUUUAAGAAAUAUUUAUUUUUUUGAUUGAAAAAAGGUUUCAUUUUCAUCAUCAAAUAAAUAUUACCAUUAAAAAAUCUCACUGUCAUCUAUGAGGUGGCACUCUGACAGAGAUUAUCUUUUGCAGGAAGUCAGCACAUUGAAUUAUGCCUUUAAGUGACGGUGGUUGAUCCUCACUUUUGCACACACUUUUAUCUUAUUUAUUCCUGUCGGCGCUCAACUUAAAAGGCUGCACUGGCUUGUGAGUGUAUGCAUAAUUGUAAAUGUUUUAAAAGUGGGUUUUAACAAACGGCUAGUUUCAAAUACACUUUUUAAUGAGCUUUGCAAUGAUUGAAAUAAUUGUAAUUUUGAAAGUUGUUGACAAGCCUUAAUGUAGAUGUAAUAAACUGAAUUAUCCUUGAGAUGUUUUUUUUUUGUUUUUUUUUUUCAACAAAUAUGUUGUGAAUUAUGUUGAGUUCCUAUCAAAAUAUUCACCAGAAAGUUCCUUUGUUACACUUUAUUAUCAUGAAUUUUGUUUGAUUGUCACACACGGUGCCUAAGAUGUCUUACUUUGAGUGAUGUAUUUGAUGGUUAUGGGGAGUCACUUUUUUCUGCUUUGAAAGUUAAUGAUUUCACAUGAAUAUGUAUUUUUUGCACUUUUCAGACAUCUCUCUGUGAACACCAAUAGCCAAGUGUAAAUAAAAUUAGUCCAUGUGUAUGCCUUGACCUUCCCUUCUUGCUUUUAGCAA